AUGACAAGUCCACUUCACUAUUCAGUUGACCCGUCAACUAAUCCGGCCACCUGGCCUCCCCAAGAUGCAGUUGAGAAGCACAUUCACGACUGCAAGGUUAACAUGCUUUUCGUCAAUACCAACGGCACGUCAGAUUUUCGCAUGCUCCGUACAGGCACCAACAAGCAUAUCCAUCAAAUCCUGAAUCAGAUCAAUAGUCAUGUAGACCGCGGCCUCUAUCAACUAUACAGUUUGAACGCAUCCGCAUACACCUGGGUUGUGACUAUUUAUACAGAGAAGUCAGAAGAAGAACUAUUAGGUUUGGGUGGGCUCCAUUGGGACGGCAAGGAUGACACCCUGCCUGAGGUCACGCAAGCCAACACGUCAACUUCCGUACUAUAUUCUGUUGACCUCUCUUCCAACCCCGACCCAGACAGAUGGCCUGGCUCAGUGUCGGGUUUCAUCGACAUCAGCAAGGUGGACGUCCUCUUCGUCAACAUCAACGGCGCGACGGAUUUCAACAUGCUUCGCACAGGAACAAACGAGAGUCUUGAUCAGGUCUUGAAGCAGGUGACUCGGCAUGUGAAUCGCGGUCUCUAUCGCAUAGUCAAUUUGAGCAUGACUGAAUUCUCAUGCGUGGUGGUCUUAUUUACAGAGAAGUCACGUUCGGACUUAGUAUGGAAGAAUGGAUUCCCUUGGGAUCAGAAGCAGGAUGUUCAGCCCGAGGUCACGCUUAAUUAG